CAUCCCCAAUCUCUCAAUGGUGCUUUCAUUUUCUAUAUUCAAUGUUAACCAAAGUCCAACCACUUGCAUUCUAUGUCUGCUAUAUGGCAACGAUGUGGAUUUAACGUCAUAAGUUGCGCCUUCGCCAAAGUUCUCCCAGACAGAAUCUAUGUAAGUAAUUAGAAUUAGUCUACAACGACAUGGCCAAUGCCUUAAUUCUGUUAGACUAUAUGAAACUGCAUUGAGCAUUAUUUAAACGCGAUGUACACAUUUAGUCGAUGUCCAGCUUUGCGCGUCUAGCGGCGGCAGCGGUGGCUUGGUUAGCUGAUUUUCUUCUUGCAUUCUCGCACCAAAUACCUAGGCUCGGUCUCCGGAAACCGAAAUUGCACCAUAAGUGCAUUCGAUGUAAACAAAAAUUGACAAAUUGCAUUGAGUUCGGUGACGAUUUGUGAUUCAUUACGAUUGCAAGGCAACUUCUCUACUAUUGCUACGUGUGAAUGUAAUUUAGUGUUGUUUUUGGCGGCGAGCAUGUUUCGGUUUUUUACUUGUUUUUGCUUCUCACGAAAAGAACGUUUUUUGCCGCACGAUUGUUUCAAACAAUCAUCAUGAUAGUUUAGUGAUUCAGAACACCAAAGCGAGUGCAGCGCGUCGCUAACGGCUAAAGUGCAAGCAAAUAACCGAUUCAAUUGAGAGACUGAGAGUAGGUCAAAUGGCCUACGAAAGUGUGUUUGAAGAAGAUAUCGAAAAAUUAAGUAAACUAUUUGAAGCUGGCACUUUUCGGUUUCGAAUUCUAUCGGCUAGAUGCUCUCCGGGCAGCAGUUCUGGUGACAACUAUAUGUCAGUUGUUAAACGAAUCGUACUAACUGGCCGAGAUUCAGAUGAAAAUGAAAAAUCCAUAUCAUUGAUUGUGAAACGACAAAUUGCUAGUCUUUCCCGUCGUCAACUUUAUCGCUGUGAUGAGGCUUUUAGCAAUGAAAUUUCAGCUUUAAAAGAAGUCGUUCCGAUGUUAGAGCGUCAAACUCAAGCCACCACAGGACUUAUCUUCCCAAAAUGUUACUUUGCCGGUAAAGACGAAGCUGGUGAUAUCAUCGUCUUGGAAGAUUUGAAAGAACAAAAUUUCUCGAUGCGAAAUCGUCUCCAUGGUCUGGAUUUUGAACAUUGUCAAUUAGUUAUGAAAGAGUUGGCUAGAUUACAUGGAGCUUCGAUUGGAGCCAAACUCGGCGAUUUCCAUGAAUUUCGAUCAAAAGUCAAGAGUUUGCGUGACAUUGUUUAUUGUGAAGAAGCACGAGAGUUCUAUAGCAAUGUCCUCGACUCAGCUAUGGACGAAGCCCUCAAUAGCUUAAGGACAUCAAAUACCGAUGGUAGCCUCACCGAAGCCAUCCGCCUGAUAGAACUUAUACAACCGACGCUUUUCGAAAAGUUAAAAGACAAUAUAUCGUCGCAGUACGCCCCGCAUACAGUUGCAUGUCAUGGUGAUCUUUGGAUUAAUAACAUGAUGUUCAAAGAUGAUAGCGAGACUGGCAAGCCGACUGCCGUAAAGUUCUUCGAUUUACAAGCCAUGCGCUACACUUCGCCGAUCUUUGAUAUUUUGCACUUUAUUUACACAAGUACAAAGCGUGAUAUGCGCGAUGUCUAUCUAACACAAAUUCUAGAAACUUAUUGCAAGCGAGUUAACUUGCAUAUUGAUCAGCAAAAUUAUCCCAACGAAGGCGAUGAUUUAAUCCAUGAAUUUGAUGCAAUUAAGGAAUCGUUUUCAUUACAAAGCAUUAUGGAGGAGUUUAAGGAAAAAGUUCUUUAUGGUCUGGCCGUAGCCAUAUGGAUUCUGCCUGCGGUGACUUUCGAUGUUAAUAAUUUGCCUAACUUGGACUUGUUGAGCGAGACAAACCAACAUGGCAAGGAGUUGAAAUGCACACAGAAGCUUACACCUGAAUAUCAUUCCCGGAUAAGGGAUCUGGCUUUGGAGUUCUAUCAGAAUGGUUUUCUAAAUAUUCCAGAGUGAAACUUUUUUUUUACAUAUUAUUUUGUGACUGAAAUGUUUAGUGAUCGAAUUAAUGUUCCACUUGAGUCUAUAUUAAAAGUAUUUUUUAAAUAAAUUAUUUUAAAACAAAA